UGAUAUGGCAACCUGAAGUCUUCGCUCUGUUUGGCGACAAUGGCGAGUUAAAGUAUUUUAAUAAAAUACAGUUUUGUUAGUAUAACUUUAUAUUCGAAUUAAAAUUAUUUAAUGUUCUAAACGUCGAAGUUUACUAAAUCAUUUUUAAAAUGAAGGACAGUAGGUCAGCUACUAUAGAAGAUUUGCCAGAUCCAAUUAUUGAAUACAUUUUAAGUUACUUGUCACCAUAUAAAGACCUUAAAGAAUGUAUGCAAGUUAAUAAAGCUUGGUAUCGCUAUGUUUAUGAUGUUAUUCGUAAGACGCAGAGAGAUUUUUAUAAUGCUGUUUGCAACAUGGCUGUGCAAUGGGUUCAUCAAGUAGCUGAUCCGGGGCCAACCAUAUCAAAAAGGUAUUCUCACAGUGCUUGUUGUUGUGAGAAUUCUAUGUAUAUAUUUGGUGGCUGUACUACUGCUAACACUACUUUCAAUGACCUAUGGCGGUUAGAUUUAGGAACACGAUGUUGGAUCAGACCUCUUGCAACAGGUACUUAUCCUCCUCCCAAAGCUUGUGCAACACUUGUAAAUUAUGGAGAAAACCUUAUUUUAUUUGGAGGGUGGACUCACACAGCUCCUUAUCCACUUCAUCAGGUAUGGAGAAUGUUUAACCAGAUCCAUGUAUAUAAUACAAGGACCAAUAGAUGGACUCAGAUUACUUCAGCUACUAGUUGUCCUGCUAUGGCUGGCCAUUCUGCUACUGUUCAUGGUGAUUUAAUGGUAGUUUUUGGUGGCUUGCAAAGGCAAACCUGUGAUGGACCUUUUCAAAAUUCAAGUGAUGUUUGGACGCUAGAUCUGAAAACCUAUAAGUGGCAAAAGCAGGAAACUACAGAAACACUACCCCCACAACGUUAUGGUCAUUCGCAGAUUGCCAUUGAUCGCCAUCAUUUGCUAAUCAUUGGUGGCUGUGGUGGCCCUAAUAUGCUCUACACUGAUAUUUGGCUUUUAAAAAUGAAUAACCGUUCAGAUGGACUGUGGGAAUGGCAAGAAAUGGAAGUUAAAUCCAAAGAAAAUGCCGCUCCUCAUGUUGCCUUUCAUCCUGCUUGCAAAGUUGGUAGCCAGGUGGUUGUCAUGAGUAAAACUCAACGCUCUCGAACAUCUGCUUCUUCAUUACCUCAUCUAUUGCGAGCACCAUCUCGCAUUUGGGUUCCACCUCGAAAUUCCAAAGCAAAGACAUCUAAACGGCCAUCGUCAGAACUCGAUCCUUGUGUAAAUGGUAAAAGAGGCGUUCUGAAACGACCCGCCGACCCCCGUCCAGCUCAGGUAUCUAGUAGUGAUGAGGAUGACACAUACGGUCAAAAAAAUGCUGAGAAAAAAUCUGCAUCAGGUAGCCCAGAAAAUUCUUUUUCUUCAUCUUCAUGCAGCAGUAAUAAUUCCUCAACCUCUGAUUCUCCAUCCACAUCUGGACAUGCCAUCAGAAGUUCAUCUCCUCCUUCUAAUUUGGCAAACCAGAAUUCUGAAGGGGCUGGUCCUUCUGGUGGUUCCCCACCCAGUGGUCCAUUUCAGAACUCAUCAAGACCAAAUAAUUCUACUGUAAUAAUAGGUAAUAACCCUUUUGCACGGAACAAUAGGCAGAGGCAGUUAGAAGGACUUGAUCGUAUGGAACAAAGAAUAAAGGAUCUCAAAGCUGGUUUUCCUACAUUAGCAACUCAGAAGGUAUAUCAGAAACCUAAUUCUCACAUAGUAAGUGGUUCGAAAAAUCCAAUGUGUUUAUAUGUCCUCGAUAUCAGUACUGCUACAACCAAAGGCCAUGUGACUUGGCGACCACUCAAGAAUGAAUCUCCCUCCGCUCCCGAAGAAAUAAUUUUGUAUUCUCUUGUGCUUGGUAAAGGUGAACUUAUUAUGUUUGGAGGAAUACAAAAAGAUUUGAACUCUACUCAACAGGAAGGAGAAACCAUACCUGAAGUAGUUUCUAAUUCUUUGCAUUACAUGACUGCUGAAAGAUUUGUUAUUUGAUGAAAUUAUUUCUAGACUUAUCAUGUUUCGAGUUGCACCAGUUUUAGUUGUAAAUAAAAGGUUGUUGAAGACGUUCUUUCCCAUAAAUUUAAUUGUUGUAAUGUUUGGAUUGAUAUGUCUGCUUUACUAAAAGAUUUCAAAACUGUUAUUGCUUAUCUUUAAAAUCAUAAUACAAUAAUGAUAUGUGUUGUUAAUAUGAAAUGGCUGCUACAUAUGAAUAUUCUAGUAAAUUUAAAGGCAAUAAGAUGAGAUCUUGGUUGAAGGACAUAUUAAGUAAACUUACAAAAAUAAGUUUUAGGAUGUUUAUAAUUAUCGGGAAGAUGUUAACUAAUUAACUUUUCAUCAUUGAGAAAUGUGUUAUUCAAAAUUUUAUUAGAAUAAAUAAUGUUCUGUAUUUAAGGAUAAUUCAAUCAAUUGUAAUUUCAAAAUUUGACUGUUUUUAAAAUAUUAGAUGAAUUAAAUUUUAGAAUAAGUUUUAAUUUAUAUUCACUUAGUUGAAGAACAUAUUUAGUUAUUUAAAAAAUCAGUUUUAGGCUAAGUAAAAAUGUCAGGAAGAUCAAGUAUAUCUACUUUUUUCAUUAAAAGAUGUCUUAUUUAAAAUCUUACCAGAAUAAAUAAUGUUCUAUGUUUAAAGAUGUUUCAAUCAACUGGAUUCAAAAUAGUAGAGGUAUUAAAUUUUAAAAUAAGUUUUAAUUUAUGUUCACUUAGUUGAAAAACAUAUUAAGUGACUAAACUUGCAAAAACCAAUUUUAGACUGUGUAAAAAUGUCUUAACAAAUCAACUAUUUUUAUCGAGAAAUGUCAUAUUCAAAAUCUUACGAGAAAUAAUGUUCUGUAUUCAAAUAUAUUUUAAUCAAUUGCAACUUGAAAAUUCAAAAUAUAACACAUCUACUGUUCUCUAAAUAGUAGAUGUUUUAUUUUUUAGAAUAAGUUUCAAUUUAUGUUCACUUAGUUGAGGAACAUAUAAAUUGACUCAAGGAACUUACAAAAAUCAGUUUUAGAAUAUUUAAAAAUAUCAAGAAGUUAAAAUAACUUUUUUUAUUCCAAAACUUAACAGAAUGAAUUAUUGUUCUAUACUUACAGUUAAUUGCAGCAUUUUCUCAAACUUUGAAAAUUAAGUGUUAUCCAAAUGGAAUUUAAUAUGUUCUUUGAAAAAGCUCCUCCGUUAAGAAACAUAUGACUAUUCAUUCAAAUUCAAAUGUUAAUUUAUGUUUGCCGAAUGAGAGAAAAAAGAAAGACGUUGAUUAACGUACAUGUCUAAACCAGUGAAAUGACACCAAAAGUAAGCAAAAUUUUGACUGUUAGUAAAAACUUUUAGUGUGGUAUAUUACUGACUAUUUCUUUGGAUGGGAAGUAAACAGUUUCCUUUUCUUUUUUUUACCAUAAUCUAAAAUAAUUCUUAAAUUUUUAAUCUUUCACAAUAUUGAAAUAAGAAUCUUACUGCAGACCAUAUACAUGUGUUUACCAUAAAAAUGUUCUUUUAAAUAUAAACCUCCUGUAUGUAUUUUUGGUAUUUCUUCUAUGUGGUUUGUGAAGCAAUAAAUAGCAACUAUGCAGAUGUUAUACUUUUGCAUGAGCUUUUGUGACUCCUCAAAAUGUUUUAUCACUUGUUAUUCAAUGAGAAAAUUGUGUAUUGAAGAGAAAUCACUUUACCAACUUGAGUUUUCAGAUCAUGAACUACAUCUAUAUUGAUUUAUAGAUACUUUCAUAAUAUUUUUAGAAAAUAUCUAUGUAAUAUAUAUAUAUUUAUUUUAACAGCAAUAAUUUUUUUUAAUCUGUUAGUACAUGUCUUAAUAAUUUGUUAUUUUUAUGAAAUUAAAGUGCCAUUGAAAAAAAAAAGUUUAAAAUUUAAUAAUUUCUUUUCAAAUAGCAAAAAAGAGAAUAAAUUAAGAAAGGGAGAUAAAUUUGCAAACAAUUGCAUCAGUAUUUCACUUUACCAACUUGAGUUUUCAGAUCAUGAACUACAUCUAUACUGAUUUAUAGAUACUUUCAUAACAUUUUUAGAAAGUAUCUAUGCAAUAUAUAUAUUUAUUUUAACAGCAAUAAUUUUUUAAAUCUGCAAGUACAUGUCCAAUUCAUAAUUCCUUUAAUAUUUUGUUAUUUUUAUGAAAUAAAAGUGCCAUUGAAAAAAAAAAAGGAACUAAAUUUAAUAAUUUUUUUUUUUCAAAUAGAAGAAAAAAGAAUAAAUUAAGAAAAGGAGAUAAAUUUGCAAACAAUUGCAUCAGUAUUUCUCAUCAAACUUUUAAAUUUAAUAUAAAAUAACCAAAAUCAAGAAAUUAAGUUUCUUUGAUUCUUUUAGUUUAUUACAAUCCUUUUCUGAAAACCAUAAUUCAGCUUAUUUAAUUCUAUUUCUCCUUAAGCGUACACUAUUGUAAGGUUCGAUCUGCUGUGCCUGUCUGUUUACUGGAUGUUAAAAAAAUCUUUUCUUAAGAAUCUUAAGAAUUUAAUGUCAGCAUUAGGAAAAUAAGUUACACCUAUCUUUUUAACUUAAUUCUACUUUUUCUGAGAGUGUGACAUUGCAUUGUUUGCUGUUUUUAAAUAUCAUGCCUUUGAUAUUGAGGGUUAAGAUUGUAGGAAAAUGUAACAUAUAAUGCUUAAUCUUGAACUGUAUAAAUUGUUUAAAAAAUAUUUUCAUGUGUUACUUAUUUUUUUAUUCAUUUAUAAGCACAAUUAAAGGAGGACAAUACUGUGACUAAUUCAAGAAUGAUAAGUUAUGUUGACAUUUACACCAAAGAUACACUUACUGAGAUGUCCGGAAUAGGUUUCUCAAUUUUUUUAAAAUAAGAUACUCUAAAUUGCAAAUUUUUUAUAAAUGUGAAUUGAAUUUUUCUUAUUAAACUUUCUUAUUCUACUUAAAAGUAGCUUUAAUUUAUCAGAAAUUUUUUGUUCUGUGCUUAAUUUUGUUGUUGUUGUUAUCUUUAGAAAUAAAAAGAUUUUGAAUUAUAAGCCCAACAUAGGCUUGAACUUAUCUAAUAGAAGUCAUUAAUCUCAUUAUGAUUUCUAUAUUCUUACGAUUUUAUUUUGUCCUUGAUUUCCAUACACUUUCUAUUAAUUAUUAAAUCUAAUGUAAAUUAUUAUCUAUAAAUUAUUUAACUUAAAAAGUAAUUAGGUGUUAUGUCCAUAAAUAAGUAUUCCGAAUAAGAUAGUUUAUUAGGUUUUUCUCUUAGCGAAGUUUGCCUUUAUACUGAAACAGAUUUCAACCUUUAUCUGUGAUGUUUAAUCUUGGGCUCUUUUCUGAAAAAAAUACUAUAUGUCACAGGUGGGAGGUCUUGGAUUUAAAGUGUUUAGGAUUUAUGAGAAGAGGUUGCUUGAACUCCCAGAACUUAUCUCUAAUCCUUGUCAAAAAUGCUGUAAAUAUACCUGAAAUGGUUGCCUUUUUGAGAAAUAGGAGUAGAAGAAUACUGGAAAUAUUCUAAAAAUGUCUGCCAUUU